AUGGACUCCAAGUCUCUUUUCAAGCUCCUUCUCCCUCUAUCCGUAGCAUUCGCCCUCUCAAUUGUCGCCAAUGCCCAAGGCUUGAAGAUAGGGUUUUAUGAGAAAACUUGCCCUCAAGCCGAAGCCAUCGUGUAUGACGAGAUGGCGAAGGUCAUGUCGGUUGCUCCAACCCUCGCAGGCCCACUGCUCAGGAUGCAUUUCCACGAUUGCUUCGUAAAUGGAUGCGAUGCCUCGAUACUACUAAACAGCACAGGAAGCGUCCCUCCAGAGAAGGCUUCACCGCCGAAUCUUAGCCUAAGGGGCUUCGGCACCAUUGAUCGCGUCAAGGCUAGGCUAGAAAAGGCUUGCCCUGGGAUUGUGUCGUGUGCAGAUGUAAUAGCUAUAGUUGCCAGAGAUGUAGUACGUCUGUCGAAAGGACCAUAUUAUAAUUUACCCACAGGCCGAAGAGAUGGAAACCGGUCUGUGAUCCUCGAUACCCUAGGAAACCUGGCACCUCCGACCUUCAACUUCCAACAGCUAGUCGGUUUAUUUUCUGCUAAGGGCCUGAGCGUCAAAGAUCUUGUUGUUCUGUCAGGUGGUCACACUAUCGGCACCUCAUUCUGCUCUGCGUUCUCAAACCGACUCUACAACUUCACUGGUAAAGGCGAUACCGAUCCAAGUAUCGAUAGCGAGUACGUACCGAAGCUGAAGAGCAAAUGCAAGCCAAAUGACUUGACCACGUUGGUAGAAAUGGACCCUGGGAGCUUCAAGACGUUUGACUCGAGCUACUACAAGCUCGUAGCAAAGAGGAGGUCGUUGUUCACGACAGAUGACACUAUGCGCUCAAAUCCUGCGGCGUUGGCUUUGGUUAUGCGCCUUGCUAACAACCAGGCGGAGUUUUUCAAGGAGUUCGGCAUUUCAAUGGUGAAGAUGGGGAACAUUGAAGUUCUUACAGGUAAUCAGGGUGAGAUAAGGAAGAAAUGUGCGCUCGUGAAUUAG